AUGAACCAAGUGGCAAGUUUUAAAAACGAAGGGCGACGCAACUGCGUGGGACAAGGCGAUGAUGGAGGAAGACUCAAAAGAGAAAAAAUAAAAAACAUUUGCAAAAAGAUAAAUCACCUCAAAAGAAAAGUAUGUAGCUCCACUGACUACUUUAAGUGUGUUGAAAUUUUAUUUCACAAGGCCGGAUCGAAAUGUGCUGUCCCAAAGAGGAAGAAGAAAUCUGUGAAGCGUGGGGGAGGGCCUGUCUCUGCCUCCCCGAAGAGGGGCAUACUUUUUAGGGGGAAAAUUAACCACGUCGAGUUUUUUGAUGCUCCGAAGUUGUUCGCUCUUUUUGAGAAGCACGCAGGGGAGGUGGUCCAUGGGGCGGUCAAUACGGGAAGUCACACAGAGGGCAAUACGGAAGAUCACUUUGCAGCCCAAUUGGCUAGGUACAAACCUACAUUAAGCAAUGGCAACGAAUUUGUUUGCUCUUUAAGAGAAGAACCCUUAUCGCUAGAGAAGAAUGCAUUACCAGGCACAGAGAGAGUGCCUUCUCAGACAUUCCAAUCCAGCGGAAAGGAUUUAAUUUGUUGUAACCACCAGUGGGGCGAUGUCAUAAGUAAUCCGGGAUGCACAUUGAAUGGCAAUAAUGCGGAAGAGCCCAGAUGGGUGAAUGAUGAUCAGCCUUCCGGACAGGUCUUCACGAACGAGGGAAAGAUAAAUGGAGAAAAUACCCCACAGGAUAACAAAAGGAAGAAGAAGCAAGUGGAUAACUUAGGCCAUUAUUCCAGCAUCAACAAGAGGAUGAAAUUAGGCAAAUGUGAAGAUGACGAGAACACAAAUAGAGUUUCACCUGAGCAGUUAAAAGUUGAUGUUGCGCAGUUGGCACCGAGGCAACAGGUCGAAUGGGACGAUUCACCUCGAGGCACACGCAUGAAGUGUGUUCUACAAGAUGUACCCAUUGGACAAAACGUGUGCCAUGUGAAAGAUAUGCCCCCCUCUUAUACCGGUCGAAUGGCCCCCAAGACAAUUCUCCAGAAGAGAACCACAAUCAUUGAAGAAGGCAUUGUCAAAAAAAAAAUUCUAAUGCUAAAAAUUUCAAGUAUAGUGUUCAACCAUGGGGAAGGGCCAAUGGAGAAAACGAGCCAAGUCAACACUUUGGGAAAUGCUCUCGAGGGGAGGAAGUCUAUUCAAACUGAUGAGGGUAAUGAUAGCUAUGUGAUGACUAUACCCACUGAUGAAGUGCAAUCAAAAUUGUCCAGAAGGUUCACUACAGAUGAUAAGUACAUGGAAGAUGAGAUGAAAAUGGAAGAAGAUAUUCAAUUCGUAUACAACUUAUUCUGCAUUUUGGUUGUCCAUAUGAAUUCUCUCUUUAGCAUGUGCACUGAACUGCUUCGGUACAACUUUUCUGACUUGACGUUCGAGCAGAAGGAGUUGUCCAGUCAGUCCAAGAGACUCAUUAAACUUAUACGUGAGUAUCAGAAGGAGGAGAGCUUCGUCAUUCGAUUCGCGAAAUACAUUUUGAGCUUUUGCCGGCGGGACGCCCACAUAGGGAAGGGGACCAACAAGCGUCAUUCUCAACAUGGUUUGCAACCCCCUCGCAGAGGAACCAUAGCAAACUUGGACAUGAAGUUUUUGAAGAAGAUAAUCAAAGCACUCCUCAAAUGGAAACAGCAGGACCAGAACAUUCAAGUCGUGAUAACACAGAACAAAGGGGACAAUCAAACGAACAUAUUUAAAAUAGAAAUAGGCAAUCACCAGAUGGUGAAACAAAACUUCUACGUGAGGAAACUCUACUUCUGCAAAUACAACGGUGAGCUGUUUACCUAUUUAAAGAGACUCUCCGCUGUACAUUCUCAAUCCAAUUGGGGUUCUACUGAGGGGGAGAAGAAUGACCCAGAUGGAAUUAACACGGGAGUAGAUAAAUUCGAUGGAGAUGCAACGAAUGAAGUAGCUCUAAACCGUGUGAGUCUGUACCAGAGGUGCUUUUCCCCCCUGUGGAAGACCAGAGAAGGGGAGGCAAGCGCAGAGCUAAAGGAAGGAGUCGAAUUGAACAACGGUGCAGAGAAAGCGUCACGGAUGAGAUGCACAACAGGUUCAUAUGAAGGUAUAGAAAAUUAUCAUUCCGCUAGUGAUACUGAUGGUUCUUUUGAGGGGGAUCCAAACGAGGAAGGAGAGGAGAACAGCAUCUGCUUGGAACUUUUUUCAAGCAGACAAAGUAACCUCACCAAGAAUCAGAUGAAAAUUAUUUUCUAUUUGAAUAAAAUAUUAACGGAAGAAAUUAGAUGUAGCCAGGACUUACGGAUUCGUUCAAAAAGGGAAGUGGAACAAACGGAGAUUCUCCUUUGGGAGGUGAAAAGGUUGCAGGAUAUCUUAAGUAGAAGUGACAUCGGUGUGAAAAAUACCAGAACCACUGAAAGGGUUCUAUACAAAACGGUGCAAAUGGAAAGAAGUACAGAGUUUUUCCCUCACCAGGAUGGAAAGGACACGCACCUAAUGGAGCAGACAACUUUCGACGAGAAUGAGAUUGAUCAAUCCAUUUGGAGGAGAAACACAGAAUUAUUCAACGUAACAAAUGAUGCCCAUGGUAUGGGAGGAAGAAAUUCCCUUUCUUUCACGGCAGCGGAGGGGGAGAAAUGUGUGAAUCCAUUCUACCACCCCGAUGACUUCACAAAGGGGAAUCUAAUAAGAGCGUUCCCCUAUGAGCAAGGAAUUAUGGUUACCUCUUCCAAGGAUGAUGGAAAUAUAUCUAAGGUGAGACAAUUAAUUGGUAAAAUUUUCGAUGAGUUGAUGAAAUGCCACGUGAAUACUUCCCAUCCGUGUGAUAAAGAUAUUACAACUAAAGUAGAUGCAGUGGAGGAAGGACAUAGGGAGCAGCCCCCCCUUGAACAAGAUCCGCGAAUCAAAGAACUUAUGGAAGAAUUGCAGAUGGUGAAGAAGGAAAAUUCUGAGUUUGCAGAAUUUUUGGAGAGAGAAAAAAGGCUAACUUCCCAACUAAGUUUGGAGGUAGAGAAGCAGAAGGAAGUUCUCAUGGAGGUGGAAUCGAAGCUAGAAAAUGAACGGAAACGGAACGAGGAUCUGCGAGUGCAUCUCGAGAAAGAAGAAUUAGUGAACGACGCGCUCUUUUCGCAGAUGGAGGAGGAGCGCAAGGUGAACAGCGACGCGAAGGGGAGGUUGGCUGAAUUGGAGACCAAGUUGGAGGAGGAAAAGGGAAGAAGUAACUCAUUGGAGGAAGAGCUAGCUGAAGAAAGGGAAAGAUGCAGUUUGUUAGAAGCACAGCUAACGGAAGAAAGGGAAAGAUGCAGUUUGUUAGAAGCACAGCUAACGGAAGAAAGGGAAAGAUGCAGUUUGUUGGAAGCAGAGCUAACGGAAGAAAGGGAUAAUGUAACCGCACUUAAGACAGAGUUGGAAGAGGAGAGGGAUAAUGUAACAACCCUUAAAACAGAGUUGGAGGGGGAGAGGGAUAAUGUAACCGCACUUAAGAUAGAGUUGGAAGAGGAGAGGGAUAAUGUAACAACCCUUAAGACAGAGUUGGAAGAGGAGAGGGAUAAUGUAAUCGCACUUAAGACAGAGCUGGAGGGGGAAAGGGAUAAUGUAACAACCCUUAAGACAGAGUUGGAAGAGGAGAGGGAUAAUGUAAUCGCACUUAAGACAGAGCUGGAGGGGGAAAGGGAUAAUGUAACAACCCUUAAGACAGAGUUGGAGGAGGAAAAGGGAAGAAGUAACUCAUUGGAGGAGGAGCUAGCCGAAGAAAGGGAAAGAUUCAGUUCGUUGGAAGCAGAGCUAACGGAAGAAAGGGAUAAUGUAACAACCCUUAAGACAGAGUUGGAGGGGGAAAAGGGAAGAAGUAACUCAUUGGAGGAAGAGCUAGCCGAAGAAAGGGAAAGAUUCAGUUCGUUGGAAGCAGAGCUAACGGAAGAAAGGGAUAAUGUAACAACCCUUAAGACAGAGUUGGAGGGGGAAAAGGGAAGAAGUAACUCAUUGGAGGAAGAGCUAGCUGAAGAAAGGGAAAGAUGCAGUUUGUUGGAAGCACAGCUAACGGAAGAAAGAGAAAUAGUAACAACCCUUAAGACGGAGUUGGAAGAGGAGAGGGAUAAUGUAACAACCCUUAAGAUGGAGUUGGAGGGGGAGAGGGAUAAUGUAACAACCCUUAAGAUGGAGUUGGAGGGGGAGAGGGAUAAUGUAACCGCACUUAAGACAGAGUUGGAGGGGGAGAAGAAUGUGAACGACUGCUUGAGAGAAGAACUGGAAAAGGAGAAGGAGAUAAUUAGCUCCAUUGAAGGAGAGUUACAAAACGAAAGGGAAACCAGAGCAUCGAUAUUCGCACAGGUAGAGAAGCAGAAUGAACAACUAAAGCAACAGGAGGAGGAAAUGAGAAGAAUGAAGAAAGAUUUGGAGGAACAGAUAGAGAGAAAUGCCUUCUUGGAAGGAGACAAAAAGGAGUUACCCUCCGUGAAGAUGGAAAAAGAUAAAGAAAAAGCAAUAAUAAAUCUCAUUGAUGAAAAAAAAAAAGAAUUUUCAGAUGAACCAAAGAAAGAGAUAAACUACGGACACCUAUAUGAUGAGUUUGUAGAAACAUUGGUGGAGAAAGAAUCUCUUGAAAAAGAAAAUGAAUUCAUGAUGAAUCAUUUUAAUGAGAAGAUAGAAAGGCUUAGGGAGCAAGCCAAGUACUUCGAUGAGAAGAUAAGUCACUACAAAAGUUUGUGUGAAUCGUACGAAAGAACAAACAUGCAAGUGGAUAGAUGCAUGAACAAAUUGGAUGAAAUGAUAGAGGAGAUAGAAUUGUAUCCGAACGUGAGUGAUGUUAAAUGGAAAGAAAAGCUAGCUAACAUUAAGAAGGUCGCAAAGGAUAUAAAGAACAUAUAUGAAGUGGAGAAGGUGGUGACAGAUAAUCCCCUCCUUGAUGAAAUAAUUAUGGAGAAAAAUAUCCUUAUGGAGAAGAUCCUACAACUGGAGAGUGAAAAAGCAAAUCGACCUGUGCAGACAACCGAUGAAGGAGAGACACAAAGUCGGAAGGAUAUUCCAGAUGAAGAGACAAGGAAAUACAUGGAAGAAAUGAACUUCAAAUCAUUGAGAGAUUUUUUUUCAUUUCAUUUAAAUAUUCUGAACGAGUUCAGUUUUACAAAAAAUUGCUACAAUCAGCUGGUGGAGGAGAAUCUAAUGAAAGGGAGGGAGUAUGAGAAUGAAAUUGCUCUGCUGAAAAAGAUGGUGAAGGAGAAGGAGAGCGAAGUUGGUGUAUCGGAUGAGAACUGCAAGUCGCUUAUGCUGGAGGUGGAAAACUUAAAAUACAUUCUAAAUGACUUGUUCACCUGUGGGGGCGGUCGGGUACGCACAGCUAAGGAGGAGAAAAACUCUCCAAUGGUGCAGGGGAGAGUGGGAGAGAAAUUGUCUCCAUCUGUAAAGGAGAAAGUGGAGGAGAAAUUGUCCCCAUCUGUAAAGGAAAAAGUGGAGGAGAAAUUGUCUCCAUCUGUAAAGGAAAAAGUGGAGGAGAAAUUGUCUCCAGUGGUGCAGGAGAGAGUGGAAGAUAGCGUACUUAUCUCUGCUCUGCAAGAAGAGUCUAUGGUCACUAAGGAGUUGUCUCAUAUAGCCCCAAACGAAUCGACCUUGUUGGCGGAAGAGGUGCCUUCCGUGGGGGAUGCCUUAUCAUCGGUGUCCCCAGAGUCUGCCAAAGACAGAACCCUGCAGCGUACCCCCGUAACGGUGGACAGUAAAAUUUCGAGAAGCGGUCGAAACAGCAACGGUGGCGCGGCUUCGAAGGGAAGGAGAACAACGCCUCGAAACGGAGCUGGUAGGGGGAAAAGAGGCACAAGCAAAGAAGCGGAAAAGAAAGGGGACAGCAACGAUGAACACAGAGAUGAACGCAAAGAUGAACACAGAGAUGAACGCAAAGAUGAACAUAGUGGUGGCCGAAAGGAUGAACACAGUGGUGGCCAAAAGGAUAAACACUGGGAGGAACGAAAGGGGGAGAGCCAAAGUAGGACUGAAACCAAGACGAACAAAGAAACGAGUGGAAAUAAAAACUGCCGAGGCAACAGGAGCAGAUCUGGCAGCAAAAGCAUCCACACGGAAAGGGGCAAAGUCGGAAGUGAUUCGUUGGUAAGCGGCAGUGUGGCAGAAGAAGGUGGCAGGAAGUAUCAGCUGAGGAGUAGCAACAGGAGGAAGUAA